UUAAAUCUCUGAUUGUGAUCACAACAAUAUUGGCCCAUUGCAGCUAUACACUGGCUUUGUGAAUUUAACCGGACAAGCAUACGUCUUAGCGCCUUUUAGGAUGACUCCUGACAACAUAGGCUCCAACCAACCCACAGUGACCUCCUUUGGCCACUCCCCUUGGGUGAUGGGUAUGAUGCUCAGCGUCGCCUCUUCCCUCAUCAUCUCCACAAACCUGCUCGUGGCAGCUGCUUUACUUAAGCUACUCCUCAAGAAGUGUAGCCAGAGCUGGUGCUUUGUCCUCAACUUGGCACUCGCUGACAGUCUGGUUGGCGUAGCCAUCACUGGCCUGGCCACAGAAGACCUCAGCAGGAAUGUCAGUCUCGCUGAUCGUCCCUCAAACACUACGCCUUCCACUGGCCAGGACAAGACCCGCUGCCUGCUGCGAAUGGCAUUUGUGAUAUCACCCUGCAUAGCAUCCAUCAUGUCCAUGUUUCUCAUCUCACUGGACCGCUAUGCUGCCAUCAAGAUACCCCUGCGAUACUCGCUGCUGUCUGGGAAGGGGACGGCAGCUGGAGCCUUGCUGGUUCUGUGGAUCAUUUCACUCACCAUGGGAUUCAUGCCAGUUAUGGUGCGGCAGCUGCAGGUGGAAUCAAGCUAUGAUGGCUUCUGUGCCUUCUUCUCUGUGAUUCACAAUGUGGCCAUCGUCAUUUUCCUCAGCGUCGUCUUUUUCCCAGUGCUCGCCAUCUUCAUCUACAUCUACCUGGAUAUCCUGAAGAUCGCCAGCAACCACCAGAAGCAGAUCUGCCGUGUCAGGCAAGCAAGCUCCUGGAACGGUGACCACCACAGGCAACACAGCCAGCAUCAGCCUCACCAUUCAUAUCUGAGGAUCAGUUACUGGAGUCACGUCAAGGCCCUGAGGACGGUGGCGGUGCUCGUGGGCUGCUUCUUAGUCCUCUGGUGCCCCUUCUUUGUGGUGUCCAUAGUGCACAUUCUUUGUAAAAGCUGUGCUCUCAAAGCUGUGAUUGAGAAUCAUAUAUGGCUGCUGGGACUCUCCAACUCACUAAUCAACCCUAUAGUGUAUGCCAUUUGGCAAAGGGAAGUGCGGCUGCAGUUGGUAGCCAUGUUUUCCUGCAUUGCAGGCAGCUCAUUGGCAGCCAGAGCAACUGUCACAGAGAGAGGCGACCCACAACCAAAUGUGCAGACUCAAGCCUCUGCUUCUAGAAGGGACACACUAAACCCUGCACUCUUGCAACCAAUCACCAAUGAUGAAGCUCAUGCAGGACCACAAACGGCCACAACAAGUCUGUGAAAUAAACUGGGAAACUCGAGAUAUAGUACAAAAACACAUGUGAAUGAUUCUCUGAGGGAUAACGCAUUGAUUAAUAGGCUUUGUAACCCCUGAAGUACAUUAUUAUUAUUAUUAUUAUUAUUAUCACUAAAUAUGAUGCUUUUUUUAAGUACCAUAUUUGCACCUCAGGCUUCAAUGUGAUUUCACCCAAUUCCUUCAAGCCUGACUACAAAC